AUGGCUGCUGGCACUUUACUUGACAGCCUGAAGUUUGCCCACUUCACCCAUGACCAGGAUGAAGCUGGUGGCGCGGCUACCGAAGGCCGCAACGGUGUGCCUCGCUACAAUGGCGAUGCAUCACGUUUGAAUGAAUGGACUUUCCGAGUUCGGAUGCUUGCCCAGAAGGAGAAGACGAUGAGCGAUAGUGAAGCAAAGAAACUGGGCAGCCUCCCUUUGAGACUGGUGGAAGGACUGAGCGGACAAGCCCUGAAGAUAGCUCAGCAGCUGGAUGUGAGCAAGCUGGAUACGGAAGGCGGAACCGACUACCUCAUCGAGAAGAUCUCUUCGGAACUACGACCUCGCCGUAUGCAACAAGCUUGGUACAGGGCGAUGACGGAUCUCAGCAGUGAUCUCAAGCUGCCAGACAUCGUCUUGAGUGAGCAGCUCCUCUUGAACUCCGGCCUCAAUGAUGAUCAGAAACUGAUGAUAAGAACAGUGUGCGGAGACAAGAUGAGCUUCGACAAGAUCGCCGAGGAGCUGGGGAACCAACACCCCCGCAUCCACGAGAAGAACAACUACCAGCCGCCUUACUUCCGGCGGUCUGACUUCCGAGGUUUCGCCAGGACCUCCCCUUCCACCAAAGGACACGGCAAGGGAUACAAGCAGAAGCCGAGGUACUACAACGCCUUCCACGCGGACGGCCAGGACGAGGAGAACUACUACCCGGAGACGAACGACGACCAGCACUACCUCGAUGCCUCGGACUUCCUCAACGACGAGACAGACGGCAACAACGAGAACUCCGUCUACUUCUCCGAUGCAGAGAUCGGAACCUAUGCCGAGGAGCACUUGGCUUACUUGGCAGAUGGCGGACUGGACAUGGAGGACCCGGAAGCAUGUGAGUUUGCUUCGGAUCUCAUCCAGUCCGAGCAAGACGCGUACUUUGCCCGAAAAGGAGCACAGCAGAAAGGGCACGGAGGAUUUGCGAAGAACAAUGCCCCCCCUUUCGAAAUCAGUGGAUCUAUCAGUCUUGAUGACAAACGGGCGCGCCUUCGGGCGCUGAAAGGCAAGAGCAAGAAAGGUGGCGGCAAGGCCUCGACCUCCAUAUCGACCUCCUCCACUACUGGAACCUCACAGUACUCCGGAGGCAAGGGACGGCACGGGAAACCGAGUCGACCCAGAACGGUCUACUUUUCCAUAUCUGAGACCACAGCCAGCCACCCGACAGCGAACCUUGCCUAUCGACGUGAACAUGCUGCAGCCCUUCAGAAUACCCCGCCACAGGCCCACCAAGACUGGUCGAUCGCACCCUCUAUGCGAGCAGUACCUCCUCCAGCAGCUCUGGUGGAUGGACACGUCAUCACCACGAACAACCACGAGGACCUCAAUGACAACUGGAGUGUGGUGAUCCCCUCUUCGACCGAAGGAUCCCCGGAGCAUGGACAAUGGUUGCCUAUGGAAACGGAUGAUCCGGAGAUGCAGGAAAUCCUGGAUGCUUUGGCCAUGGAUUCUCGAGCACCGGAACAUGCCCGCGAGAACGAGAGUGUGCUGGCAACAACCGGAAUACCUCCUCUACCUCUUCGUGAAGUGCAAAGAUUGUGGUUUUGUGAUAUCCCGCACUCGCCGGGACCAGACACAGCCGGCAACCACUACGACCUCUCCCACGACUGCAACGUGCCCUCACCACUGGACAACAUGGAGAGGAUCCAACGGGUCCAUGCGCAUCCGGACCUGCAAGGAUCUCACACAGUGAACACCCGCUACUUUGACGACAGCCUGCCGAUCACUUUGGACCGUAUCCCGACAAUCCUCCACACCUUUCAGGAGAUUGUCACUCGAAGAGUACAAGAACUGACAGAAGGCACGGAGGUGCCGUCACAACGUCUCCACGAAGCUCUGGACCUCUCCAUAGCUACCGGAACGGCAUGGACGACGUCGCCUACGACACCUCCGAGGACCACGACCUCUACUACCCGCUCUUAUGGAAGUGAGAGGCACUAUGGCGAGUCGGAGCACCACAGGAACCUCAAGGCCAGAGGACAAAAGGUCGUGGAAAUGGGACGUUACAAGCACGGCAAGUACGAGGACGCCUACGUCGACACCGCCUACCGUACAUGGGUGCUGGAGAACAUUGGAACCACCAGUGCCUCGGGAAUGAAGGCCUUGAAGAACUACUUCGAGGAGCGAAUGAGCUAUGAACGGCAGCCGGAUUCCGUGGCUCUCAUGGCCUACCACGAGAACUCCGACCACAUCGAAGAGCACGACCUCAUCGCCAUCUUGGAUACGGGAUGUAACCAGACAUGCCACGGCGACAGAUGGCUUGAGCGCUACAUCAAGGCCACCAAGCAAACGAUGCCCGAAGCCGACACCACCUCUGAGGUUCGCAUCCGUGGCAUCGGUGGCCACAUCAGGACGGCUGGCUCGCGAAAGCUUCCUCUGAUCCUCGAGCUGGUCAAUGGGGGACUAGCGCAAGGAGACCUCACCAGUACUGAACUGGUGGACUCGGAUGCCCCCCUCUUGAUUUCAGUGCAAGCUCAGAGAUCACUGGGUCUCAUCAUCGACAUUGCCGGCGAAGUGGUGCACUCUCAAGCACUCGGACACGACCUCAAGCUGGCAUACAAGGACGGCCUCUUGGGCAUCCGACUGCUACCGAGCGAAGAAGCAUGCGAGCAAGAGGGUCCCGAGGACUUCCCGAAUGACCACAAGAAGGACUCCAGCGAAGACGAGGAGAUGAUCCCGGCGCAGGAUGAUAAGGCCCGGGAACCGGACACCGACGUCGCCUACUACACCUUCGACGCGGAGAAGGCCAAGGUCAUGAACAAGACACAGCACGCCCGAGUACGAGAAGGUGUGGAAGGAGUUAAGUCAAAGGACCGUCACCUGUGGAACCAGGUCAAGCCGAACAAGGCCCGCCGCAACUACGAGUUGCCCAGAGGAUGUAAAACCUUCAUCCUCGAAGUGUUUGCCGGGGCAGCCAUGCUUACACAAAUGGCCCUCCACGAGUGGUCCAUGCCGGUCACUCCUCCGGUGGACCUGAACACUGGCUUCGACCUUCUUACGAAACAAGGGCGAGACGAGGUCGACUGCAUCAUCGAGCGCGACGACCCCUUCGCUAUCACUUUUGCGCCAGUGUGUACGCCAUGGACCUCCUGGACCAACAUAGCCACCGGAGAGACCAAGUGCAAGAUCAUGGCGGAACGCAAGCGAUGGCAGCCCACUCUGGCUUGGAUGUACGAUGUGGCAAGGUCACGCUUGGCCAAAGGCCGCCACGUGAUUAUCGAGAACCCUUGGAACUCUGCCAUGUGGGACUGCUCCCACUCCCGCAGGUUCUUCCGUGGGUUUCCCCGCGACCAGGCCACCUUGGAGCCCAUGGAAUGUGUCAAGCUUGAUCAGUGCAUGCUUGGCCUCAAGGACGAGAUCAACCACCUUCCUCACCUCAAACCGACGGGGAUCCUCACGGCUUCCAGUGAGGUCAAGAAGCGUCUUUCCCCGGCCAAGUGCGACGGAAUGCAUUUGCAUCAGCAACUCGACACCAAGAAACGCUGCGUUGCUGCACAGGCCUGGCCAAGAGACCUGUGCUCUACCCUCAUCCAAGGCUUGAUGGCCGAGCUCGACUACCUCCUCACCAUGGUAGCUUUUCCGGCGGAGGCCACUACUGAGCUGGAGAUCUCCUCCGAUGACGAAGGCGAGGAACGCACCUACUUGGACGGCAUCCUCACGGCGGACGACGAAGCCACAGCUGCAGAGCCGGACUACGCAGAAAAGAAAAAACAAGAAGAGUGGGAGAUUGUCUAUGAAGAAGGCGAGACUCCGGCACCACCGCAGCCCAUUGGCGAUCUUCCCCAACGGCGACAACAACAAUGGCGACAGCUCCCGUACAACACCCGAGUAGCUCUACGUCGACUUCACCACAUGACCGGCCAUGCACCUCCCUCAGCGAUGCAGCGACUACUCAGGACAGCAGGAGCAGAUCAACAAGCCAUCCGAGGCUUGGAGAACUUCCGAUGCGCCACCUGUGAAGCCAAGAAACUCCCGGACAAGGCCUCACCGGUCAAAAUGCCAGAAGAGUACAAGUUCAAUAAGGCCGUGUCGUUGGAUGUUUUCAUCGUCAAGGACUCCUUGAACAAGAAGUACAAGGUGAUGUCUCUUGUGGAUCUGGGAACCCUCUUCCAUGCGGCAGUGAUCGUCGGCGAAGGAGGAGGACCGCCGAGCUCCUCGGACAUGGCAAGGGCAAUGCAAAUGGUCUGGCUCUCUUGGGCUGGACCACCAGAAUCCAUUGUCUUGGAUCGAGGACUCGAGAACCGAGGACAACUACAGAAGCUGAUGACCGCCCAUGGCGUGCUCCUGCGGUACAUUGGGGUAGAGAGCCCCUACCAGCUCGGCAGGGGAGAAAGACAUGGCGGAAUCCUCAAGGAAGUGAUCAAGGCUCUGGUGACCUCUCGUCAACUACGAGGACGUCAAAACAUGGAAUUCGCCGUGACCGAGUCCGUGGGCAUCAAGAACCACCGAGUAAAUCACAAUGGCUUUUCUCCCAGCCAAUGGGUGCUGGGGAGGAACCCACCGGACUUAGAGUCUCUUACUACCUUGGUGCCGGAGGCCAAGCUUGGCAUCCAUCAGGAAAUUCUCGAUGGAGAGACCAGCUUCGCCCAGCAGAUGAUGAUACGUGGAGCGGCCAAGGAAGCGUUCUCUCAAGUGGACAGCUCUCAACGUAUUCGAGCUGCCAUGCUUCGCAAAAGCACUCCAGGACGAGGUCCCUUCCACAUGGGCGAUUUGGUUUGUUUUCACAGACGUCAGGGUGGCAAGGCUGGCUGGAAAUGGUUCGGCCCCGCCAGAGUCAUCGGACAAGAAGGUCGAGGAACUCUAUGGAUAUGCCACGGCGGUAUACCGAUGACCGUGUCUUCGGAACAAUGCCGACAUGCCACAGGCAACGAGAUGAUGUCCAAGAGGAUGCUGGAACUACGACCGUCCCGGAAACGGCGGAGAGAAGACAUGGCCGCCGACGAGGACGUCGGCAAGUACGAGAACGACGACCCCUUCCUGGACGAUCUGAUUGGAGUAGGAAGUGUGGCCGAGAACCAGCAACAAGGAUUCUUCGACCUCCACGACCACCCGAGCGACUACUCACCUUCCAUGCCACCGGAGGCAGGGACGGAUGAACAGGAGAUACAUGGACUUCAUCCACCACCACCUGGACUCUUACCUGGACCACCAAAUGCCAUCGUGAACGAGACUACUCAGCCGGAUGAUCUCUCUGCAUCAAACCAGAUUGAUGCAUAUGGGCAGGAGAUACCUGGACUUCAAGCACCACCACCUGGACUCUUACCUGGCCACAGCCAUAGUAACUUGCCGCCAGAUGGAGGUCACUCACCAGCAAUGCCGGAUGUACCAGACAGCAGUGUGGGGUCCCCAACGAUGUCCAUUGGAGAACCGGAGCAGGAGAUCGUUCCUCAGAGCCGUGAACAGAGUGGCCAACCUGAUCUACUACGUCCCGCAGUGCAAGCGAUCACACAGCGACCAGCACAGGACCCUCCGGACCAGCGCACUCUACAGCAAGCAUUACGCAUAUCCCCAGAUGCUUUAGAUGGGCUCUCACGCAACCGCUACCGAUCGCGGUCGCCACCACGGGCAAUGAUGACCGUUGCUGAGCAGCCGGAGGCUGGGAAAUGCAUUCACGGAUUUCUCGCCAGGCGAGUCAACAAGAAGAGUGCAGCAGCCCGGGCGAAGGAGUUGGACUUCAAGCGUUCUACAGGUGCCGAGCUCGAGGGCAUCCAAGAAGCCAGGACGAAGGAGUGGAACAACUGGCAGGGCUUUGACGCGGUGGACAUCAUCUCCCCUGAGCAGGUGCCAGACGUCAUGAAGGAGUUUCCGGAUGCUGAGAUUACGCCGACAAGAUGGGUGGAUGUCAACAAGGCACAGCCAUGGGAGCCCCCCAAGUACAAGUCCCGUAUCGUAGUGCGAGGAGACCUCGAGAGCGGCGCCUCUACACGUACGGAUUCGCCAACGUGCUCAUCCACUAUGUUGGGCCUGCUGCUAUCCUUCACGGCGAAUCGUGGAGCUCGGCUGCGGGGAGGUGACAUCACGGCAUCCUUCCUACAAGGAGAGAAGCUGGUUCGGGUACUACUUCUUCGUCCACCUCCCGGCGGACUUCCUGGAGUUCCUGAAGGGUCUCUACUACGGGCAUUGAAGCCCGUCUACGGCACACGGGAUGCGCCUCGCGGCUUCUUCAAGCGCCUCCACAACGUUGCCAUCAAGCUGGGUCUCCGAGCUCUACCUCACGAGCAUGCGGCAUAUGUGCUUCAAGAUGCCGAUGGAGUACAAGGAAUGAUGGUGGCUCAUGUGGAUGAUCUGUUGUGGUCAGGCACUGAAAAGAUGGACGCUAUCAUGGAGGCCAUCACCAAGGAGUUCAAAUUCGGCAGCCUGGAGUUCGGCAGUAAGUUUGACUACUGCGGCCGGACGAUAUCGCAAGAAAGCGGUGGGAUACGAAUCACGGUAGAUGUGGCCUAUGAGGUCAACUACCUGCAAGCAAUGAUGCAGAAGGCUGUGGUCGGAGACUUCAUAGCCUGCAACAAUCUGCUCUCCUACAUCAAGAGGACUCCUGAACGAGGCCUCUUCUACGAGUACAACGCCUUCAAGGAGUCCGAGCAGGUGAUCUACAGCAUCACGGAUGCCUCGCAUGCCGCGGACUUCGACGUCUCCGCCAACGGCACCCCACUCGGCAGUCGCUCACAGUCGGGGCGGAUCUUGGCAUUGGGAUCCCGAUCUCUCUUGGAUACCGGCAAGGGAACUCUACACAUCAUCGAGUACCACUCCAAUGUCCUGAGGAGAGUCUGCCGAAGCACUCUCCAAGCGGAGACCCUGAGCCUGAUCUCAGGCUACGAGGAAGCGGAGCAUCUUCGAGCUCUACUGUGGGGUGUUACCCACGACUACCACAGCCCCAAUCUCAUCGAGGCGAUGGACAACACCCUGUUGGUGAUGAUGACGGACUGCAAGAGCCUGGAGCAACAUCGUCGUCAGCCCGGACUAAGCACGGUGGCCGACAAGCGAUUGGCGAUAGACCUCAGUGCCAUGAGGCAGCUGAUCUGGCGGCGAAAGGGAGAACUUACGGGUGAUCCACUACUCACCGAUGAACCUCCCGACGACGCUACUACCCUCGUGAAGUGGAUAGACACCGCCACCAUGCUAGCCGACGGCCUCACCAAGAAGAUGCGCAACCUCCAGAUCGACAAGGCCAUGCUGAAGGGCACCGUAGAGGCAAGCUACACGAAGUUGGGCAACAGCAAAGCUGAGGCCAAAGAAAACACAGGG